UUUCAAUGUAUUCGGUACGUUGUAUAAUACAUGCGUGUACGGAAUACUCAGGCAUUACAUAGCGUAACUAGGUAACUUCACUUUAGGGAGCUUCGACCUACUCACGUCCCCGGGCUUUCGCAUUGCUACUAUUAAAUUUUCUAACCUGUCUAUCCUCUACCAACGUAAGCACAUAUAUGUACUCCUCGCGUUCCAUCGAAGUAGAGUGUGGGGUUACCUAAUACAUAGGUACCUAUAUAGUACCUUAGGUACAUGUAGGUAGCCAAGGCAAAGCAAAGCAACCUAGACAUGGAAUUCAGAAUAGAGUCGGAGAUUCAAUUUCGCCAUCUUCCGAUCAGACUAUCCUUACCUAUUUCGAAUACCAAUUCCAUGUUACAUCGAUGAAAUCACCUAAUAGUGGUAAUACUUACUCCUCCAACUUCCUGUCUCCGAUGUGUUCAUAAGGCUACAAACAAUUCUUUUCGAAUUUUCCAAUCGCUCUUGAUCACAAAGCUACUCGCUAUGGCCAUUGUUCAAGAUUGGCUCCCAGCCAGCCAAGAAAACUACGAGAAACUCCUAUUUUGGUGGAAACUUUACCCUCUGGUGGCAUCUUUCCAAUGGAUUACUUCGUGGUAUGGCAUGGGGAAAACCUCAGUUCAGAGCAAGUUCAAUCUUCCCGGACGAAUUGCCUGGGCGACGAUGGAGGUUCCUGGUUUUACCACUCUCUUAUAUAUCAUGAGCACGCUUCCAGCUCAGCACGGCAUUGAGGACCUACCGUGGCAGAACAAAGUCCUUGCUGGCCUCUUCGUUAUUCAUUACACUUACCGUGCCGUUAUCUUCCCUAUCAUCCAGCCGUCUAUGUCUCCCAUUCACGUGCUUGUCUGGAGUAAUGCUAUCAUCUUCCAACUAUGCAACGCUACCUGCAUAGGCAGCUGGCUAGCAGCAUACGGGCCGACCACCCAAGAAGAAUGGAAAGCCCAGAACUGGUCUGUUCUGCAAUUCUCAAUAGGUCUUGUCCUCUUCUAUGUUGGACUCGCCGCAAACUAUUUCUCCGACGAGGAACUACGAGAGAUCCGCCGAGGUGAGCUUCGACGCCAAGCAAAAUUGAAGCAGCAGGGCAGAACCGUCGAAAAGCAUUACGAAGUUCCACAGAAUGGGCUGUUCAAGUAUAUGCUUUAUCCCCAUUACUUCAUGGAAUGGGUCGAGUGGCUCGGAUACUGGAUCGCCGCCGGCAUCCCCUGCACCCCUGCGAGGUCUUUCUUAAUUAACGAAUUUUUUGCUAUGCUACCCCGCGCUGUGUCUGGUGGAAAGUGGUAUAAGGAAAGGUUCGGCGAUGAUAAAAUUAAGGGAAAAUACGUCAUUAUUCCCGGAGUCUACUAAUGGUGGCACGCGUCAUUCAACCCAAGGCCUUCGGUUGCUAGUUUCAGUCGCUACCUUUUGAUAUAUAAUUACGAUGUUACGUAUCUAACUGCCUCAUCUUACUUGCUAUGACAUAACCAAGUAAUGGGAAGAGAGUUAUGGACUUUAAUGAACUGGUGUGGUGCCACAUCGCCAAGAGCAAGGGUAUUAUUAUGUAAUCUUAGGUCAUAGGCCAUAUAAAGGUCUAAUAUUCGUCGUAUUCUUCUGAUUAGAUAGCCACGAUCAUUAUUAUUCAGUUAUGCAUUUAAUAUAGAUACAUUCGUUAUUUUCUCA